AUGGAUGAUGACUUUAGAGACCCAACCAAGCUUAUGAUUAACAGUAAAGAAAUAGAUAAAGUUAAAGCAUUUGCUAAAAUAAAAAAUAGUAUAAACAAUAUUUUCAAACAAAUAUUUUGCAAUGAUAAUAAUAAUUCUUAUAUAUAUAAAGUAAAGGACAUUGAAUCAACAUUUUGGUGUUCGCAAAUUAUAUAUACUCGAAUAGUGUUAUUGGCUUGUUUUUUUUCCUUUGUUGUUUCAUGGAAACAGAAUGCGGCUUUAAUAGGAGAAAAUGGAUUAACUCCAGCAAAGGAAUUUGUAGAAAACAUAUUUGAAGAAUUAAAAAACUCUGAUUUAUGGACAAAAAUCCAAAAUUUUCAUUCCCUUUUUUGGUUUAUUCCAACAACCGAUUUUGCGAUAAAUUUGUUGGCAAUUUUAGGAAUGAUAUUAAGUGCAGGGGCUCUAUUAUUCAAUUAUAUAAACGUAGUUAGUGUAUUGUUGAUAUAUAUAUUUCUACAAAGCAUUUAUAGCAUAGGGAAUGUGUGGUUUAAUUAUGUAUUUGAAAUCGAGCUAUUAGAAUUAGUUUUUCUUUGUUUAUUUAUAGUCCCAUUAAAUAAAAAUCCUUUGAAAAGCCAAUAUUCAACAACAUUUUUAAUAAAGUAUGUCUGCCGUUUUUUUGUUUUUAAAGUUUUAAUAGGAACUAGUUUAAUCAGAUUUAGAAAUACUAAUAUAUGGGGGAAAUUAGAAGGGAAAUAUUAUUUAUAUGAAACUCAACCAUUACCAACAAUAAUAUCUUAUUUCUUUCAUACAUAUAAAUUUUUGAGCAAAUGUGAUAAUUUAUUUUGUAUAUUAUGUGAAUGUGUAUUUUCAUUUUUUCUUUUAUUUCCAAUAAGAUCGUUUCGAAUAAUAGGAGGUACAUUAAUAUUUUUUUAUUGUAUUCUUAAUUUUAUAAAUCAAAAUUCUUAUCUUUUUUAUUUUCUACUUUUAGCACCAUUGAUGUAUUGUUUUGAUGAUAAAAUAUUAUUACAUUUUUUUUUCAAAUCGAAAAAAAAUAAAAUAAUAAAUGUUAUUAUAGACAAAAUUAAGAAUAAACACAAAAGUAGACGAUACUUUAAAACCUUUGAUAUUUUUUAUUUUAUGGGAAUGACUGAGGAUGAAAUAUAUAACAUGUACGAUUCAUAUUUUAAUAUAAAUUAUAUAAAUAGCCAAAAUGGAUUAAAUACAACACAAAAAAAUAAUAUUGAAAAUUCUGAUGAUGAUGAAGAAGAUGAGAAAGAAAGUGGGGAAUAUGAUUAUAAUGAUGACGAAAAAGUAUUUUUAAAAUAUGGUAAUUCACAAAAAAAUGAUAUUUAUUUUAAUAAAAAAAAUAAAAAUAAUAAUAGUUUUUUUCAAGAUAUAAAAAAAGAUAUAUAUAAUAUUUACAACUGGAUAUUCAAACAAAAGGGUUUAAGUUAUAUAUUAAUAAGCUAUAAUAUUUCUAAAGACGUUUUUAUUAAUAUUGUCGGAUCUUUAGUUAUUUUUUUAUUUAAUUGUAUAGCUGUGUGUUUGAUCAAAAUAUAUAAUAAUAUUGAUUUGUAUGAAGAUAAAGUUAUAAUUGUUAUCUCUAUACUGUUCAUAACUUAUUUCAGUCUUUUGUUAAUUUAUUCAUUAUAUUUAUUCUUAUUUACAAAAAAUUAUAUAGCCCAUUUUAUAAGCCAAAUGAGCUUAUUAUUAUCAACAUUAUUGAUUUAUUCAUAUAAAAUAUUUCCAGAUGGUUUUACAGAUAAAUAUUAUUCAUCUUUGUUUCUAUUUCAGUUAUUAUGUUUACUUAUAUUAUCUGUGUUUUAUUUAAACAAUAAAAAAUUUAUAUAUAAAUACUUAUCACAAUAUUGUUAUCUUAUUUUAUUUACACAUUUUAUUUAUUCAUUUCUACAAAAUAUUUUAUCCCCUAAUCAAAUCAUGAAUAAAGCCAUAAACAAUUUUGAGUUUAUGAAUAUAUAUGGAUCCUUUGGUCAAAUAAAUAAAACAAGACAUGAAAUAAUUAUACAAGGAACUAAUACAAAAGAAAUAAAUAAUAACACAAUAUGGGAAAAUAUUGAAUUUAAUUGUAAACCUGAUAAUAAUAUAAAAAGUUUAUGUUUCCCUGUUAAAUUUGUUUAUGGGUUCAUACCUAUUAUAUAUAUUGAUAGACUAGAUUGGCAUUUUAGUUCAUUGGCAUAUCAAAAUGAUAAAAAUAUUUUAGAAUAUAAAUGGUUUAAAACAUUUUUAGUUAAAUUAUCACAAAAUGAUAAACAAAUUAAUUCUUUACUUUACAAAAAUCCAUUUAAUUCCAAUGAUAAUAAUAAUUUAGAAACUACAAUUUCUUUAAAAGUUUUAAAUGCAGUAUAUAAAUUUUCUCACAAAAAAGGACCUGAAUGGUGGAACGUAUCUUCUUCUGAUACAAUAGUUGAACCCAAAGAUAUUCCAUCUGAGGAAUUAGACACAAAAAGUAAAAAAAAAAAAAAAUCUACAGCUAGCUUAAUAUUCUUUGAUAACAAAUAUAAUGACAGUAUAGGAAAUCAAGAAAAAAAAAAUAAUUCAAAAAAAGAAACGAAUUAUAUGUUACGCCAAAAUAAUCGAGAUACACAAACAAAAUUUCAAAAAGCGACAGAAACAAAUAAUGAUGAAAAAAAAAAAAAAAAUUACUCAACCAAAAUAAAGGAAAACAACCAAAAUAAUAAUCAAAAAUUUUUAGCUAGCCAAAUAAAUAAACAAAUAAGAGGACAUAUAUUAUUACCACAAAUUUCUAAAAAUAAUGUGUAUUUAAAAAAUGACACAAUGGUUAAUAAAAUAAAUAAUAUUUUGAAUCAGUAUUCACCUAGUUUGCUAAAAAUACAAACAGCUAGCGAAUUUUACGACCCUAUAAAAAAUAUAAAAUAUUAUGACCAUUCAGGUAAAUUUGGAAAUAAAAAAUACAAAUUUUAUAAACCAAAUGUAGAAAAAAAUACAAUAGAAGAAAAUGUAAAUUAUUUUAAAGAAAAAUUAAGUGAUAAAAAUUUUGAAAUAACAGAUACAUUAAAAAAAACAAUAGACAAUGCUAUUAAUAGCUCUUAUGAUAGUUUUGAUUCCUUGAAUUAUUAUUCAGAUAAAAUAAAUAAGUUGGGUAUGUUGGAAAAUUACAAUAAUCAAAAUAAAUUAAUUCCGAAUUAUAUUUUUCAAGAAAAUACUCUUAUAAACCAGCCUCAAAAUAAUGGAAAUGAUGAUGGAGUUUACUUAAUUGAAGCUAUUUCGGAAAAUAUUGGUGAAGAUGAUACACAAAAAAAUUUUUGA